AUGUCGGCACCCGUCCCGGUCUGGCUGGACUGUGAUCCAGGACACGAUGAUACCUUUGCAAUCUUGAUGGCCGCCUACCAUCCCGGGAUCCGUUUGCUGAAUAUCAGCACUGUGCAUGGCAAUGCGUCUCUAGACAAGACGACAAACAAUGCACUGUCUAUCCUCACAGCCAUUAGCAAGCACAAGGACGUCACCGUCUACCCUGGACACGCCCAUGCGCUCCAGAGAGCCCCCAUCCAUGCGCCCACGGAGAUCCACGGAGAGUCCGGGUUGGACGGCACCGACCUGCUGCCAAAGCCCCAAUCGGCCGCUGACCGGUCUGUGAGUGCAGUGGACGCCAUGGCCAAAGCCCUGCAGGCGACGGAGCCCGGCACGGCAUGGCUUGUCGCAACCGGCGGGCUGACCAACGUCGGGGACCUCUUCAUCAAGUACCCGGAGUUGGCGUCGCACAUCAAGGGGUUCAGCAUCAUGGGCGGGGCCAUUGGCGAGGGCUUUACGCCCGCCGUGCUGGGCAAGGUGGACGGCGUCGAGCGCAUCGGCAACUACACCCCCUGGGCCGAGUUCAAUGUCCUGAUCGACCCCGAGGCGGCGGCCUCCCUUUUCGAGAACCCCGUGCUGGCGGCCAAGACCACACUGAUCCCGCUCGACCUGACGCACCUGGUGCUGGCCACUCCUGAGGUUCAGGAGACGAUCCUGUAUGGUCCAAACGGUGGCGAGAAGACAGGCAGGGGAAAGACGGACCUGCGGCAAAUGCUGGUGGAAUUGUUGAUGUUCUUUGCUGGCACCUACCGGGAUGCUUUCGGCAUUGUGGAGGGACCUCCUCUGCACGACCCCUUGGCCGUUGCCGCAGCCCUGACGGGAACUCAGUAUGAGAUCCCAUUCUACGACUUUGACCCGAAGGCUGCUGCGGGCGAUCGCCGGCCGGAGCGCUUCGAAGUAAAGGUCAUUACUGAGGGCUCGCUUGACGACGCGCUGCACAGGGGAGCCCAGACGGGGCGCACCGUAGCGAAGCUGCUCGAGCCUGGACAGCCCGGUGUCCGGAUCCCGAGAGGCUUGGAUAUUGCGCUGUUCUGGAAAGUCAUUGAAGAAUGCACCCAGAGAGCGGACGAGGCAAACUCCAAGUUUGCUGCGAAUGCCUAG